CUUUUAGUUGCCAACUCACCGAAGGACUGAGACGCAGCGAGAAACAGACAGAACACCAGAAAAGAGCAAUGGCGUCUUUGGGGCUGCAGAUUCUGGGUGUGGGGCUGGCAGUGCUCGGGUGGAUUGGAAACAUACUGAUCUGCAUGCUGCCCAUGUGGAAGGUGUCUGCCUUCAUUGGGAACAACAUCGUGGUGGCUCAGACUAUCUGGGAAGGACUGUGGAUGAGCUGUGUGGUGCAGAGCACUGGCCAGAUGCAAUGCAAGGUCUAUGACUCGCUGCUGGCCCUGCCUCCGGACCUCCAGGCAGCGCGGGCCAUGGUUGUCAUCGGCAUCCUCUUCUCUCUGCUGGGCCUGCUGCUCUCGGUAGUCGGAGGCAAAUGCACCACGUGUGUUGGGGACAGAGCAGCAAAAGCCAGAGUGGCCAUCUCCGCAGGUGUUUUCUUCAUCCUAAGCGGGGCUCUGUGUCUUGUGACCGUGUCUCUGCCGGCUAAUACCAUCAUCAAGGACUUCUACAACCCCAUGGUUCCCGACGCGAAGAGGAGAGAGCUGGGCGCGUUAUCUGGGUGCACAAUGGCGUCUUUUGGACUCGAGCUGACCGGCAUCAUUCUAUCAGUGCUGGGCUGGGUGCUGAGUAUAGUCAGUUGCGCCCUGCCUAUGUGGAGGGUCUCAGCCUUCAUUGGUGCUAACAUUGUCACCGCUCAGAAGUACUGGGAAGGCCUGUGGAUGAAUUGUGUGUUUCAGAGCACAGGGCAGAUGCAGUGUAAGGUCUAUAACUCCAUGCUCGCUUUGCCUCAGGACCUGCAGGCCGCCAGGGCACUCACUGUCGUCUCCAUCCUCAUCGGGCUGCUGGCACUCCUCAUAUCCAUGGUGGGAGCCAGGUGCACCAACUGCACUGAGGAAGAGGCCGUCAAAGCCAGAGUGAUGGUCGCCUCUGGAGGGACCUUCAUAACAGCAGCGCUGUCCCUACUGGUGCCCGUUUCCUGGUCUGCACACACCAUCGUAGUUCAGUUCUACAGUCCGCUCAUCCUCGAAGGACAGAAAAUGGAGAUUGGGGCAGCUCUGUAUCUGGGAUGGGCCGCCGCAGCCCUGCUGCUUAUCGGAGGGUCCAUUCUCUGCUGCAGCUGCCCUCCACGGGAAGAGAAACCAAUGAAGUACAGCAUACACCCCCAAAGUCGUAUAGCAUACUCUGCUGCUCCGAGGUCAACGGCUCAAAGCUCCUACCACAAAAGGGACUAUGUCUAAAGAGAACUAGUCCUAGGGACUGGGAUGGAUCGUAACCUCCUUCAUAUCAUGUAUCCUGUAUUUUUGUACAUUAUUAGGACAGAAAUGUAGCUCAGUAGUAAUCACGUUGGUUGAGUGUUGUCAAUACAGUAGUUUCCGAGAAAAGGAUAAAAACAAAACCCGUUGUAGAUAUUUAUGACACUUCUGAAUGGAUUUAGAAACUCUUCGCUGUUGUCUUGAUGAUACUGUUUACACAAAGAUAUUGGUCCAACAACGAAGAGAGGGAAAAAAAUAUCCAAAUUUAAAAGGACGCAAAAAGAUGAUGGUAAAAGAUAAAGUGGUUUACUGCAUUUGUGGUGUGGUUUACUCUCAUCGAGUCGUCAUUGUAUCCCAGAGAAAAACUAUUAUUAUUUUAUAUAUAUAUUUUUUUCUUUUUACAUUUGGAUCUAUGAGGAUGUUUGUCAUUGUACUGAUCAGUGUGUACAUAUUAAGUAUCAUCAGAGUAAAUAGAGUCACUGUUGUAAUGUGUUUUUUUUUUUGCAAUAUAUUUGUUAUGUUCUUAUAAAAUACAGAUGCAGAAUCACACAACAUUAUACAGCCAAAUACAACAGAGCUCUCUAUGUGCGCCAGAGGCAGGUCAAAAUGGCGGAGUGAACCAUAAAACAAAAGGAGGACGUCAAUAUUUGGUUAGAAUGAUAUGCGAGGGCUUUUAUUGGUUUCAUCUCUAUCGCCUCUCAGCCUUUUAAGGUUUAUGUGUUCUGACGUUUCCUACAGCAGUUGACUUGUGUUUUUGUUGUCGUUGUAACAUAUCUUUUAAUUUUUUUUGUAUUGACCUUUUCUGUUAUGUCACAUACUGUAUUUUACAAUUUCAUGAAUGCUUUAAAAGAAUGCAUGUGAGGCAUAUAACUGCAAAUGUUUUGUUUUUAGAUCUGCUGAUGCGAUUAAAAUGAAGUGAAAUCAAAAUGAAUAAAUAUUCCUAUCGUGAAACAUUA